GUGAGGACCGUACCGCGGCGCUAUCAAAGUGAGGUCCGGAUAUACAUUACACAGAUCUACCAUUGUGAGGCCUAGUGGAUGUGUAUAUUUAUGUGAAUGUACCAAAGUGAGAUCCAGCAGCGUUGCCAAAUUGACUCAUAACAAACAACAAAAGACUCUUAAUAAACCACGAUAUUUUCAUUACAAACUCACUUGCUAAACCUACAUGACACAGAGCAGACGUAAAAAUGAGUCGAUUGUCUAGCAGAACAAAAAGAUUAUUACAUCUGUUAAAUCUUCCUCAGCAUGAAAGCACCAAAGGUCUCAACAUAGGUGAAAUGCAAACAGCUCUUUCAGAAAAAGAAAAAUUGCUUUCUAACUACACAAGAACAGAAAAAGAAAAAUUGCUUCCUAAGUACACAAGAAGAGAAAAACGAAAAGCAAAUGAUUUUUAUGAGCCGUUUGAAGACAGCGGCGAUGAAUUUAUUCCGUCUGAUGAAGAUAGCAGUGAUUCAGAAUAUGGUUGUUCACAACGUAAAAAAAAAACUAUUUCCGAAUUCAACGAUUUACAAACAAGUGAUGAAAAGGUUACAAAUGGAGACAAGAUUAGGUUAGACAGUAAGGAUUUAAAAUGUGAAAAGCGUCAAGAGAAUUUGAAUAUGGACUUGGAAAAAGGGGUUGCAAUAUUUAGUCUCUAGUUUCAAUACUUUAAAUAAAUUUUACAUUAUUUUAGGUUUUAACACAAAAUGCAGAUCCGCAAAAUCAAGAUAGUUCAGAUUUGGACAUGGAAAUACCGAUUCAAAAAUUCUUGGAGAUAUCAUUAACUUCCUCUACAAUAGAUCCAAAAGUAACUACAAAUAAAAGAAAGUGGGAUAAGAAAGACUUUUGUUUUUUUUGUGAACAAGAUGUUCUGAAGUUUUCUCGGCAUCUUUUCAGACAUCAUCAAAGCGAAUGUGAGGUGCAAGAAAUUUUAUGUAUUCAACCAAAAGACAAAAGAAGAAAAAAUUUAAUUACAAAAUUAAGAAAUAAAGGCAAUUUUCUAAAAAGUUCAUUUGAACCGAAUAUUGUGCCUGUAAGGAAAAAUAAAUAUGAAAAUGUGUCGGAUCUAACGCCGUCUUCGUACCUGCCGUGUAAAUACUGGCAGGGAUUUUAUAAGAAGAAAUUUCUCUACAGACAUGUGAAGAUAUGUCCUCAUAAUACUGACGAAAAGACUGGAAGAACAAACGCUCAAAGCCAAGGACAAUCUUUACUGUCUUCUUACAAAGAAAACGACAUUUUGCGAAAAGAAGUAUUUCCCAUAAUGCGAGGAGAUAAGAUUGCAUAUACAGGGU